AUGACAACAGAAAAGCUUUUCCACACUGCUCAGAUUGGAAGCUUUAUUUUAUUGAUAGUCUCUGCCGUGAGCGGAACACAGUCCGAUUCAAAUACACUAGAUUCCGCCAAGUUUGGAGAUGCCAGAAAAUGCCUUGCAGAAAUGGGAAACGGCGUUACCCGUUUCGGAGUUUUACCAGGAACGGGAUGGGAUAAUCUUAGAAAUAAGGUCUCAGGAUUGAUUGUUUCUUUCAAUUAUUCUGAGUGUGAUACAACCGAUGAUGGCAAAUAUCUAAUACCCGACAAUGUUUUCACGGUUCCGAUCAAAACAAGUGAGGUAGAAGUAUUAGGUGAAUAUUUUCAUCACUGGACUGAAUAUAUUUCAACAACAUCACAUUCAAUCAAUAUUGGUUCCGGGUUUAAUGGAAAGUUUCAGAUAAGCGGGGCCUUUUCUUUUGAAAAAGAGAGAAUUAAGAAAAAUCAAAUUGCGAACAAUGCAGCUACAACACGGGUCCAGGCAAGAUAUGUCCGUUAUUCAGCCAAACUUCAGCAGACUUCACACCUUAAUCCAGAAUUUCGUCAACAAAUACAAAACAUUGCAGAAAAUAUACAGAAGAAUUUUUCUUCAGUAGCUGAAUAUGAAAGUCAAGUACUGGUUCGAGAUUUCGGCACACAUAUCGUAUCGAGCAUUGAUGCGGGAGCUGUUAUUUUACAAAUCGAUGAAAUUAAGUCGUCUUUUUUGAAGAGUGUGAACGCAGACAGGACUAAAAUUAUCAAUUCGGCAAGUAUAAAUUUUCGGAAGAAAUUCAAAUUCUCUAUAGGUAGCAGUCAUGAAGAUUCUUCUGAGUUCAUACAAAGCUAUGAGAAAAAUAAAUUAAGCAGUUUUAUCCAUGCCCAGGGAGGACCGAUUUUCAAGCCAAACAACUAUUCCUUGGAUGACUGGGCAUCGGAAGUGAAAGACAAUCUGGUUUCAAUCGACCGUAGCGGCUCACCGAUUUACGAACUAAUUAACCAGCGUAACUUUCCAAAAUAUUCUUCAUCUGUUAUUUACGCUAAAUUUCAACACGUGAGGAAUGCAGUAGAAGAGUACUUCAGAUUUAACACUUAUCGUGGGUGUACAAAAUUUGAUUCGCCUAACUUUUCAUAA